AUGUAUUCAAGCGAACAGCUUCAGAAUCAUGUGGUCAAGUCGGUCACGGCUGCCUGGGUUAAUCAAUCAAAAUCUUUGUUUCACUGCACAGGGGGGGAUUGACUAAUCUCAUGUUAUGACUAUAUUUGGUCAUGGAUGAUUGAAAUCAGGUUCGUUGGCCUGACAAUUUUGGUGGAUGGUACUGUAGGCACGCAUUUUUUUCGCAGUAUUUGUUUGUUAUUACAACACAAUAUGAGUUAAGCGCAAGUAGGAACACCACUGCCGCCACGGUACACACCAUCAAAGACAAAAUUUCAUUUGGAAUUUGUCAGUUAGGAGGGUGACGUUCUCUGAAGUGAAAAGACCUUGAAUGACCUUCAUAACGAUCAGGUACCUUUUAUAUUAAAGGGUCACGUGACAGACUCUGUGGCAGAGUGUACAUGAAUUAUCAAGGAAUCUAGAAAGAACUGUCAAUAACAGAGCUGCCACUUUCCAUGCCCUUAUGUCUAGUAUCGUUUAAAAGUUAUGUUAGUCCGAAUUCCAAGGUUAUCCAGAGAACUUUCUAAAACAUUUGCAGAGAAAGCUUACAAAACUGGAUGCAAGACCCAGUUCUGAUAACUCGAUCGACCGCUUGCCCGUAGGAUUCCGUCAUUCAUGUAUACCGUAGGGUAUACCCCCAGAUAGCUUUAGAAGAUAACAGCACAAAUCUGAAAUAUGUUGAAAGACCAAAUUUUGUUUUUCUAACACACAUUUCAGUUGUCUUUGUAAGUGACGUCUUCUUUCGUUAUUACAUGUAACGAAUUUUCUAACGUUAACGUUUGAAGCAUUCUUUCGGAGAGCGUAGAUUUUUUUCAAGCCUACGAAAUUUACUGUUCAAAGCAGGUAAAGUGUCCUCGUAUAUCCAACGUUUUAUAAACAUGUAACACAACUAUGUAUCACAUGCUUCGUUGCACCAACAUGUAUUACCGUAUUAUUGUACGGACCUUUGUAAAAUUUACACCUUUGCACGCCUUGUACAUAUUUAGUGAUUGCAAGGCAUUAAAUAUUCAGUUUUGGACGUGUAACAGAAGCGUGAACAAACACGACACAGAUAUCAAUUCUGCACUUAUAAAGUCAUUUCAGUUUGGUUCUGAGAUUUCUUUCAUUCAUAUGACCGCUGCGUCUGCAUUGCUGGAAUCUCUUCAGAAGAAAAUGGAGCUGCUCAGAAUAUUCCUAAAUGUGAGUGGUAACUUGACCUUCGCAGAGAAAUAUUUCAAUAUUUCACAAGUUCUUUACUAUUUAUUUACAGCACGGUUAACCUAAGAUCGAUUCGUCUUCUAUUUUUCUAUUGUUUAUUUUAAGGUAACAUGUCGUGAAAAUCCAAAGUGUCGCAAAAUGGACUUGAACUCAUUUAUUCUCGCUCCUGUACAAAGAAUCAUAAAAUAA